CGGCACACCUUUAAUUCCAGCACUGGGAGGCAGAGGCAGGAAGAUCUAUACGAGUUCUAGUGCAGCUUGCUUUACAUAGAUAGUCCAGGGCAGCCAGGACUGUAAAGAGAGAACCUGUCUGUAGAAAAACAAACAAUAAAAAAUAUGGGUAAGGAGGAGGAAACCUGGUAGUGUAUCCCAGGAGCUACCUAAGGGGAAAAGACGAGGAAAAGAAAAGGCGUCGAGUGCUCGACGCUCGACUGCUUUUGCUUGCAGACGCCGGACUUCCGUCAUUGGCGGUCGCCCGCAGGAAAUAGUGUCGAGUGCUGAUCGGCGAGAACCCGGAGCUGGGUAAGGGGCUGCUGGCGGCGGCGCAGUCUCUGUAAGCGGUAUGAGUUUGGCUGGGGGCCGAGCCCCACGGAAAACCGCUGGAAACCGGCUUUCUGGGCUCCUGGAAGCAGAGGAGGAAGAUGAGUUCUACCAGACGACUUACGGGGGCUUCACUGAGGAGUCUGGAGAUGAUGAGUAUCAAGGAGACCAGUCUGAUACAGAGGACGAGGUAGACUCUGACUUUGACAUCGAUGAAGGAGAUGAACCGUCCAGUGAUGGGGAAGCAGAAGAGCCCAGAAGGAAGCGCAGAGUCGUCACGAAAGCCUAUAAGGAGCCUCUAAAGAGCUUGAGGCCUCGCAAGGUCAGUACCCCAGCAAGCAGCUCCCAGAAGGCCAGAGAGGAGAAGACGCUGCUGCCACUGGAGCUACAGGACGAUGGCUCUGACAGCCGCAAGUCCAUGCGUCAGUCUACAGCUGAACACACACGACAGACGUUCCUUCGGGUUCAAGAGAGGCAAGGACAGUCCCGGAGGCGGAAGGGUCCGCACUGUGAACGACCACUAACCCAGGAAGAGCUGCUCAGGGAGGCCAAGAUCACUGAAGAGCUCAACUUACGUUCACUCGACUUGAUCCUGCUCCUACGUCCUCUGCACUGACUGCACAUGCUGGCACUGGACCUGCCGUCCCUCCUCCUCACUGCUCACGUACCUUCAUCACAUUCAGUGAUGAUGCCACGUUUGAAGAAUGGUUCCCCCAAGGGCGACCACCAAAGGUCCCUGUUCGGGAGGUCUGCCCAGUGACCCACCGUCCAGCUUUGUACCGGGACCCUGUUACAGACAUACCCUAUGCCACUGCUAGAGCCUUCAAGAUCAUCCGUGAGGCGUACAAGAAGUACAUCACUGCCCACGGACUACCACCCACUGCCUCAGCGCUGGGCCCCGGGCCCCCACCCCCCGAGCCACUCCCUGGCGCUGGGCCCCGAGCCUUGCGUCAGAAGAUUGUCAUCAAAUAGAGGCACCUGACCCCUACCUAAAGUCCCUCUCCUGACCUGGCUCCACUCUGCCCCUCCCUUCCCAUCUCUGUCCUUGUUGACCUUUGCCAUGGUUUUUCCUCAGGUCCUCCCUAGUCAUUUGUUUGCUUGUGCUCUUCGGUUUUUUUUAAUCUAAUAAAGUGGUAGAAAUGUAAAA